UAAUCACUUUAUUCAGCAGGAGGAAACAGAGCUGGAGUAGUGGUGAUGUUUUCGAGGAGCACAGAAAAUAAAGUGCGCAUGUAUUAGUGCACUAGGGAGUGAGGGAGGAGGGGGCUGCUGGAGGGAGCACGUCUUUCUGAGAAACGGGAGGGACGUUAAGUGUGUGCACUUCAUCAAGUCUCUCUCGGGUUCAUUUUUGUUCUCUCGACUGAGUAACUGAAGUGGAGAGUUUGGAGCAGUCUGAAGAUUUCCACACUUUAGGUGCUGAACAAGAAUGGCAUUGACAGUGUCAAGUGACUUGUCUGUCAGUGUAUCUACAGACCAGAAUGUUAAUAAAUUAACAGACAAACAGGAGUUACUGAGAAAGAGCAUACAGAAAGGAGAACCCAAAUCAAUAGGGAUUUCCCAGGUCGUGCUUGGAUUUCUGAUCAUAUCUUACUCUGUGCCACUGCUCUCUGCCAAUCUCACAGAGGUCGUCAUGUUUGGCGUGCCGUGGUGGAGCGGCGUAUCCUUUGUCAUUGCAGGUGCUGUUGCUCUUGUAAUGGAAAAACAUAACAGCAUUUCUUCGGUUUUUACAUGCAUGGCGGUCACACUGUUGGCUGCAGUCAUCUCAGUCAUUGCAGUAAUCUUCUACAUCGUUGACAUUAUGAAGCACCCUCAGACUAUUUGCAAGAUAAACUCAGGACAUACAUGUGAUUUCGAGUAUUAUUCCACGAGACUCAGUGUAGACAUGAAGUCAAUUCUCCUGUCCCUCAGCAUGGUGCAGACUGCCAUCUCUUCUGCUUUUGCAUUUGUUCUGUACAAAGAAAAGCAAAAUUUUAAUAACUACCAGUUUGUGAAUUAAGGAUGUGCUGUAUAUGGGGGAAAAAAAUUGACGGAUCUGGACUUCAAUCAACCAGUCACCACACAUCUUUAUUUUUACAUACUUCUAUAAUACAUGGGUUCAUUUAUUCUUAGAUAUAAUGUAUUGUAUAAUGGACAGUAUGUAUGGGAUGCAUUGGAAAUUGUAUUAACAUUUUAUAAAGUAGGCUGCAUAUAAUAAAUCUUUCUAAUCGCAUUACAAAAUUGUGUUGUAAAAGAGUACAUUUCAGCUGCAUACAGAGUUCUAGCCUACUGUUUUGCUCAUUUCCGUGAACAUACAGUACAAGCUGUGUUGUGUCGACUCUUGCAGCUGGUGGCCUUUAACCUUACAAAAUUCUUCCACAAGUCCCCACAGUAUUUCUGUCUCAUAACAACAGAAGUGCUCAGCUCUUCUGCUUCAUCUGUAACGGGAAACAGUCUACAGUGUCUGUACAGUAAAAAUGUCCCAUAAUUUCUUAUUAUCCUCCAAAUUUAAAGAUGCCAAAAAAUGAAUGUGCACAUUCAAUUGUUAGCUACAGCACAUUUGUUUUGUGUUGUUUUUCUUUCUUAAAAUGUAUUGAUUUGUGUCUUUAUAUGAUAAUUUCAGAGAGAAAAAUAUCAAGGAAUUUUUAUUAUGUUUUCUGAAUGUUGCAAUACAAGUAAGUUCGUAUAACACAUUUAUAAUGGUAUAUAUGUUGCCUUUUUAUUAAAAAAAAAAAGUCAAAAACUUUGAAUGCUUUUCUGAUUCUUCCUGCAUAAUCUUCCACAGAUAAGGCUGUAGCAAAGACGCGUUCACGUGUCAUGCCUUAAUGUUUACUGUGCUGCUCCCUUGUUUGAUAGACAUUUAAGUUCUUCCUGUUGUUCUGAAAGACUAUUAAAGCUCAAGACUGUCCAAAGA